CAGAAUCACUUUUCCAUACAACACAAAAUUCUGAGCUCUCUUAAAAAUAGAAAAAGAAGCAGAAUUAGUUCACGAUUGUACCGCAAAACACUUGACGCACUGCUGGCUAUUCCAAAACGGCAAAAGUAGUAUGCAAUUAUUAGGGCCCUGGGCGGAGAACAAAUUACAUACUCGUAUUGCUGAUAAAGAACCCAGGACGGCUGCCAACCAUUCCUACUCUAUUUUCAAGAAUUACAUGGAUGAUGAAUUUGUAGGGGAUAGUUUGACCAUUUCCAUUAAGGAUAUGUUUCGGAGUUUGGAGGGAAGGGUAGUGGAAGACUUUGGAGAUGUUGUUUGAGUAUUUAAACUACCAUAUUUGCUUCCAAAGCAUGACUAAACUCCAGAAAAUUGCAAUCACUUCCUUUUUGCUAGUAUGUGUCUCUACUGGGUUCUUGUUUUCUACAGUUUCCUGCUCACCGAUUCCACUGGGUUCUAGAUUGACUAUAGAUGAGAAUAACUAUUGGAUGUCUGCAAAUGGGAAUUUUAGAUUCGGGUUCUCGAAUCAUUCCCUUCAAUUCAGUGUUGGUAUAGAAUUCUGUCUGAGUUUUAUCUCAGGCAUUGAACCAACAUUAGUUUGGAAUUUGGGAGGUCACAAUAAAGUCGGUAAAAAGUCAUAUGUUGAGUUAAGCCUUGAUGGGGAACUAAUAUUGUUCGAUACUGAAAUCAGAGGUAUCGCUUGGAAAAGCAAUACCAGAAAUGCUGGUAUUGAAUCAGCACUUCUUCGCAAUGAUGGUAACUUUGUACUCUUAAAUCAAAAGAAGAAUGUUAUAUGGCAAAGUUUCACCUCACCAUCUGACACACUUCUUCCCGGCCAGAAUCUGACAUUUCACCAAUUACUCCUAGGUGCCAGCGAGGGUCAAGAAGCUAGCCAUUAUAGUCUGUCUAUGAGUGCUUCAGGGAUAUUGCAACUGAAUUGGGACAACAGUGUCACUUACUGGACAGCGGGAGAUCCUUCUAAAUCAACUGUUCAUGUCAUGCUGAACACUGAAGGGGCAGUUCAAGGUUAUGAUCACAUGUCUAAAGUUGUUUGGUCUGUGUUUCCACAAGACUUCAAUGAUAAAGAUGUAAAGUUUCGUUUUCUUAAGCUAGAUAUUGACGGGAAUCUUAGACUAUACUCAUGGAGAAACGAGUCAAGGUCUUGGAGGCCUGUUUGGCAAGCUGUUCAAAAUAAUUGUCAUAUCUUUGCAACUUGUGGGUAUGACGGGAUAUGUAUCUUCAAUUCAUCCGAUUCACAGACUUGCGAUUGUCUGCAUACAUCUGCCGGCGAGGAGUACUGUAUUCUUCUAAAUCAACAGAAUUGUGCAUUGGGAUUUUCUAUGAUCAGGCGUGACCACACGUUCAUAUAUGAAACACGUCCUUUAAGUCGAAUGAUGGUGAAAACAAGUUUGCAACAUUGUAAACGUCUAUGUGUAGAAGAUCCACUCUGUCAAGCUGUUUCCUUUUUAAAAAAUGGGACCUCAGAGUGUCAAAUCAUGAAAUCUCAGUUCAUUAGCGGUUGGUCAGAUCCUUCAUCCAGUUAUGUAUCCUUUGUUAAGACUUGUUUGGAUCCCAUCGCGGUUUUACCCAUCCAAAUGCACAACUUUACUAACAACCAAUCACACAAAGUAUCUGUGUUAUCUAUUAUAGGAGGAAUCACCGCUGUUUCAGUUCUUGCAUGUAUUGUUUUUCUGUCAGCAAUUGGGACGUACAUGGGUAGGAGAAUAAGAAGAAAAUGUGCUGGUAGAAAAGAAGCCCUAUCAUCAAAUGCAGUGGUCAAUUCUAGUGGAUGUCUCAUGUUGUCGUACUCUAAAAUCAAGGAAAUGACAGAAAAGUUCAAGAACCAGAUUGGUCCAAACAUGUUCAAGGGAGUGACACAACCAAAUAACAAGUUAGUGGUAGUGAAAGAUUUAAGUACUUCUUCUAUUGGAGAAAAAAUAUUCUGUGACGUUGUUCUAAGACUGGGCAAUGUACAUCAUAAAAAUCUUUUGAAACUUGAAGCUUUCUGUUGUGAGUCACAUUAUAGGAUCUUGGUUUAUGAGUUUGUCAGGAACGGUUCUUUGGCUGAGUGCUUACGGGACUCUGAAAUUGUCAAGAGGCUGACGUGGAGAAAAAGAUGGAAUAUAUGCAUAAGCAUAGCGAGGGCUAUCUCCUACUUGCACAAUGGAUGUUGGGAGUUCAUAAGCCACGGAAACCUGAACUGCACAAACGUGGUUUUGGAUGAUAAUUUGGAAGCUAAGGUGAGUGGGUUUGGGCUGAGUCCACUUUUACCAAGUCCAUCCAGAAGCGAGGAGAGCCCAGCAGAGAAAGACAUUAGAGAUUUUGGUAUGAUGAUAUGUGUCUUGAUAACGGGGAUCCAAAGCGGUGAUAAGGCAUGUAAAUGGGCUUACGCAAAAUGGGCUGCGGCAGAAUUAGAAACAUUGUUCGAUAAGAUAAUAGAAGGGGUUGAUUUUGAAGAGAUGGAGCGUGCGUUAAGACUGGCAUUCUGGUGCUUGCAAGUUAACACGCAAAGGAGGCCAUCCAUGGCAGAAAUUGUGAAGGUAUUAGAGGGCGCAUUUGAUGUUGAUCCUCCACCGCCUCUUUUUGGUUAAUAGGAUUCAAUAUUCAUGUAAUAUUGCAUCCUAGUUUCAAGACACUUAUCAUGGAUGGACUCCUUUGCACCCAUGGAUGGCCUCCUUUGCGCGAAGUAUGUAAGUUUAAGUUUUUAUUGCUUGUAAGAUGUCUUUUAUUCAAGUCUUUUCUGCUUCACAAGUUGCAAGUCUUUUCAUCUUGUUGAUAAUAAAAAUGUCUCUCAUAUUUCAAACUAUGUUUUAUCCAGUAGCUGUUCACUGGCUCUAAGGUCCUGGAUCUUUGUUACAUGGCUUUCCACUUUCCAGGCAGUGGAGGGCAUUCAUUCGACUUAAAGGACGGUUUGUAUAUAAGAACGUAUGGUCAUGCUUGAUCAUAGAAAAUCCCAACGACGAACGAAUCAGGAAAGCGAUGAUGCCAGCAUCAAAUUGGGGAUUUUAGAUGGUGAAGUUUUACCUCUUGAAGAUCUCAUAGAGCCAUCUGUUUUCUCAGAGAUUAACUUUGCUUUCCCAACUGGUAAGUUAAUCCUUUAAUUUCUUCAAAGGAGUCUGCUGAGCAGUAGGUUGAAUUACUAUUAUUUUGUUUUUUCGGGUAAGAUUUUUUUUUUGUCUUUCUCGUUCCCUGACUAGGGAUUUGAAAUGAUAAAAAUUCCUCUUUACUUUGUAGAGUGUCAAGUUUUGAUCUGAGAGAUGAGGGGAAUUUUCUAAGUAUUCUUCUUAGCCGUGUUGUUUAGAAAUACUUCUUAAGUAUUUAUGGACUCCAGGACAAUUAAGUGUUUGGCCGUGAGUCUUUACUUUAUUAAGUUUUACUUUCUUUAUACUUUAUUUAUUUUAGCUUUAUGUCUUUAUUUCUGGAGUUUGAGGGUUUUGUGGUUGUGGAUUCAGAAAGAUUGCUCCCUAUAUUUCUGGAAUUUACUUCUGAUAUUUCAGGUGGUUGUAAAUUUUAAUUCAGCUUUAGUUCAAGGAAAUGUGAAAAUUGUGAAUUUAGACCUUUAGUCCAAUACAAUUCAGCUUGUUGUUGUGAAUUGUAAAUUAUGAAUUAUGAAUUAUGAAUUCUGGAAUAACCCUAGAUUGCUCCGUAGAUUAUUGUUGUGAAUUAAACGAGUAAAACGUACAAACUAGUUUUUUAGUGUGAGGGUUUAUAAGUUUAUAAUGCUGAAAAAACUACCAUUUUACUGUCAAAUCCAAUUCGUGAGACCAGAAGAAAGGUCAGUGAUAGUCUUCCCCCGACUGUAUUCUUUUAAAUAGUUGCUUCAUGUGGAUACAAAGAUAAUGUACAAUUGUACAUCUAAUGUGAAUAUAUGCUUCUGUUUCACUUAUAUUUUCAUUAUUUGUUGUUAGUAGUAAUUUAUUAAUCUCAUAUUAUCUCUGACACGUUGCAAUUGAUGUUAUUUUAUACAUUAUAUUUUGGACCCCAUUGAAUCGUAAUGCUAGGGAUUAUGAAUACACCAUUCUAAAACCAAGUGCUUGUUUGACACAUUGACCCACAGGCUACAGCUUUUUGCCGCCUUUCAUGUUUUUUUCCUUCAAAGACUUUCUCUUAGAAAGUGCUUGGGGUCAAUAUUUUCAUGUUCACAUCUAUUGCACUUUUUUUGCAGGACAAGUUGAACUCUUCUCGCAAUCUCGCAUGUUCUUGUACUAAAGAAUUUUGUGUAUUAUUUACUUGAUUAAAAAUUUCAAUGCCUGUGUAGUUUAUUUACUUGAUUCUCAGGUAUGCACAUGUUGUCAUUCGUUCUGCUGGAAUCUUUUAGGUAGCUUAAUGCCUAUUUGAGAUUAAUCACUGCACGGUAACUUUCCAGUUUAUCACGGAUGUGAGUAUGUGACCAAAUUCAUAAGUGGUUGUAUGGCUUCUCUCUGCGGUUGUUCAACUUGAAUUGCCUCGUGUCAACAUCUUGUCAAAACUCAAAAAUGGACCUAGUACAAGUGCAAUUUUACUUGUUGACUUUGCAAAAUAAUUUGGGACGGAGAGAGUAUUAGUUAUUAGACUAUGUUUACAAGUGCAUAAAGUUAUAAAACUAAUCUUAAGUACAACUAAAAGUGAUGAUCAAAAUUACUUAUACUUAUCUGUGAAAAUGAUUUUGAAAAACUUAUAGUUAAUUUGUGAUGGAAAAUGAUGUUUUCCACCAUUGCGAGGCUCAUAACAUACGGCACUCGUUCAAUUUCAAUAAUACAUUAUUACAUCCAUUAGCAUGACAUAUUCAUUUUUUCCGUCGAUAAAACAAGAAAUAAAUACAACGUAAUGAAAAUAGGUCCAAUGUAGAUUGUGGAACCAUUUAGAGCAAAGUUAUUGUUGCUGGUAUAUAUAGAUUUCUCUUAAUAAACCUAUUGAAAUAUCUCAAACGUAAUGGUGAAAAAAUUUAAGAAAAAUUAAACAGGAUUGGACUUGAGCAGUUGUGCCGAUCGACCAUAAUCUACGUCCGUCACUGCAGGCGUAAUAGCACAUGCACAGCACACCUGAAUGGUUAGCACCACAUGCAGCAGCUAGACGCUGAUCAUUUGGAAGGCUCUUCUCACAGAUAGGGAAGCAAUUGCCUGGAUCAUGUGGGUCACACUGUGCUGUGACGUUCUUCUGGCAAGCGGCCUUCUUCUGAGCUACAUCAUGAAUUAACCAAUUCAAGACAAAAUAUAUACUUGGUAUGUAGUUUAAAGUCUAGAAAGUGAGCACAUGAUAAUUAAUAACAUACCAUGUUUUUUGAAUUUAUACUAAUAUCGUAAUAUACCAUCAUAAAAGUAGAAAAAAUACGCAACCCCAUUCAUGCUUCUCGAAUUUACGGGUUUUUAUGAUUUCUUAUUGUCACAUCAGUGCCACAUAAAAAAUCUCAAAAUCUAUCAACUUCUCUUCAACCACUAUUUAUUGAGAUUUUUUUGGAACAUAGACUAAAACCCAAAAUCUAUCAAUUAAAUGCACUAACACACUUACAAAUCACAAACACUCUACGUAUGCUCACACACACUAUUAUUAUAUAAUGCGGAGUAUACAUGUGUAUAUAUGUGUGUAUAUAUGUGUUUACAUAC